AGCCAAACUUCACUCGAGGAGCUAAGAACCUCGCGCCGGGAGAGAGAGAGAGAGAGAGAGAGUGAGUACCCACAUCACAUUUUCUUCCUCACUUUCUCAAUGAUCUAAAGAAAGGGAGGAAGGGAGAGAGAAAGCUUCAGUAUAGUCUUCGAAAUCUGGGUUCAGUCCUCCUCCUCCUGCCUUGGCAGACAAAUCUCGACAACUUAGAAGAGGGAAAGUCAAUUCCCAGCUACAGAAAAUGUCUCUACGGCCGAAUUCUCGCACAGAGGUCCGGAAGAAGUCGUACAAGGUGGGUGUUGACGCGGAUGAGGCUCGCCGGAGGAGGGAGGACAAUCUGGUCGAGAUCAGGAAGAAUAAGCGCGAAGACAGUCUUUUGAAGAAACGCAGAGACGGUUUCCUUCUUCAGUCUCAGCAGCAGUCAGAUGCAGCUCAGACUCCAGCAGCCAUCGAGAAAAGAUUGGAGAGUAUUCCUUUGAUGGUGCAAGGAGUAUGGUCUGAAGAUCCCGCAACACAAAUAGAAGCAACCACUCAGUUUCGGAAGCUACUUUCAAUUGAGCGUAGUCCUCCAAUUGACGAGGUGAUCAAAGCAGGCGUUGUUCCUAGGUUCGUGGAGUUCUUGAGAAGGCACGAUCUACCUCAACUACAAUUUGAGGCAGCUUGGGCUUUGACAAAUGUUGCAUCUGGGACAUCGGAGCACACACGUGUCGUUAUUGAACAGGGCGCUGUUCCCAAGUUUGUCGAGCUAUUAAGCUCCCCUAGCGAUGAUGUCAGGGAGCAGGCUGUAUGGGCUCUGGGUAAUGUUGCUGGUGAUUCUCCAAGUUGUAGAGACCUUGUUCUUGGCCAUGGUGCGCUAUUGCCAUUGUUUGCUCAGUUGAAUGAAAACUCAAAACUAUCGAUGCUGCGAAAUGCAACAUGGACUUUAUCAAACUUCUGCCGUGGAAAGCCUCCAACUUUAUUUGAACAGGUGAAACCUGCAUUGCCAGUUCUUCGGCUUCUUAUCCACUUAAACGACGAAGAAGUUCUAACAGACGCCUGUUGGGCACUCUCUUAUCUUUCUGAUGGCCCAAAUGACAAAAUUCAAACCGUCAUUGAAGCAGAUGUCUGCCCACGACUUGUGGAGCUUCUAAUGCACCCAUCACCUACAGUUCUAGUACCUGCUCUAAGGACUAUAGGUAAUAUUGUUACUGGUGAUGAUUCCCAGACCCAGUUUGUUAUUGAGAAUGGUGUCCUUCCCUACCUCAAUCAACUCCUCACUCAAAAUCACAAAAAAAGCAUAAAAAAGGAAGCUUGUUGGACAAUCUCAAAUAUCACUGCUGGGAAUAGAAAUCAAAUUCAGGCUGUCUUUGAGGCAAAUAUCAUCCUUCCUCUGGUUCACCUUCUUCAACAUGCAGAAUUUGACAUCAAGAAGGAAGCUGCUUGGGCAAUCUCAAAUGCCACUUCUGGAGGUUCUCCUGAACAGAUAAGAUACCUGACAAGCCAGGGUUGCAUUAAGCCGCUUUGUGAUCUUCUGAUAUGUCCAGACCCAAGGAUUGUGACUGUAUGCCUCGAGGGGCUGGAGAACAUUUUGAAGGUUGGGGAAGCUGACAAAGAAGCGGGUAUGAAUGAUGGGAUUAACAUAUAUGCUCAAAUGAUUGAUGAAUGCGAUGGUUUGGAGAAGAUUGAGAAUCUUCAGACUCAUGACAACCACGAGAUAUACGAGAAGGCAGUUAAGAUACUUGAGAGAUACUGGGCUGAAGAUGACGACGAUGAGGAAGCCCAUCAGAAUCUUCCGGUUGGAAUGGAUGCAGCAGCAACUGGUCAACAACCUGCUUUUAGUUUUGGGAAUGGCCAGCCAAACAUGCCCUCAGGAGGAUUCAACUUUGGGUAAUUAAAUAAAUUUAAACAACCCCAUUUUCUUGUUUCAAAAUGCAAUUCUAGGGAUCGGCCAACCAACCUGAACCCUGCCGCGUAUAUGGAGUUUUUAUAAAAAAAAUUAUUUGUAUCUUUGAAAUGUUUGUUGAGGAGAAAUUGUCCUGCCAAAUGUUGUGAUUUGUUUUGUCAUGUGAUUUAUUUGUACCUUUUAGUUGUUAUUGAUUUUCAAAGACAGACAUAUAUAUAUAUAUAUCUUGCUUGCAGCAGAUAAAAUACCAACAGUGGAAAAAGAUUUUCUCUUUCCCUUC